AUGGAGGCAGGAGCUGCUGGUGACAGACUGCUUGCUGGAGACAGCUUGAGACAGGACUUGACAAUAGAUAUGGAGAAUCAGACAAUGGUCACUGAGAUAAUCCUAUUGGGAUUCCAUCACCUUCACAGCAUGAGACAUUUAUUAUUUUCUAUAAUUCUUGUUGUUUAUUGUUUGACAAUAUCUGGAAAUGUCCUCAUCAUUGUGUUGGUGUCAUGUUGCAGACACCUUCAUUUUCCAAUGUAUUUCUUUCUUACUCAAAUGUCCAUAUCAGAUAUUUUGUUGACAACAAGUAUUGCACCUUAUAUGCUUUCCAUUGUCAAUCACGAAGGAGGUAUUAUAUCUCUUAAAGCGUGUAUAACUCAGCACUACUUCUUCUGUGCUUUUGAAGCUUCAGAAUGUUUGCUGUUAACAGUGAUGUCUUAUGACCGAUAUUUGGCAAUCUGUAACCCCCUGCAAUAUAACUCUGUAAUGGACCAUGCAUUAUGCAUUAAAUUAAUAGUUAUAUGUUGGUUGUUAGGCUUUCUUAUGGCUCUUUUAACAGCAAUAUCAAUAACUCAGCUGGUAUUUUGUGGACCUAACAUCAUUGAUCAUUUCUUUUGUGAUAUUGAUCCACUCUUGAAUCUUGCUUGUUCUGAUACCCUAAUAAUACAUAUAGAAGCUCUAUUCCUUUGUGCCAUUGUACUUAUUACACCUUUUUUAAUGGUAAUUGUGUCAUAUGUCUAUAUUGCUCUCACUGUUGCAAAAAUCCCAUCAAUUAGUGGGAAAAAGAAAGCCUUCUCUACCUGCAGCUCCCAUUUGACUGUUGUUUCCAUUUACUACGGGACUCUCAUUAGUAUUUACACUGUUCCAACUAAUGAAAUAUCAUUGUCGACAAGCAGAAUACUGUCUAUGUUUUUUACAGUGGUGACUCCAAUGCUUAAUCCAAUAAUAUACAGCCUGAGGAACAAUGACAUCAGAGACGCUUUAAAGAAAAUUAAUACCCUUUGGGAAAAUCUGAAAAAAUUACAAUAA